AUGGGUGAACCACAUCUGUAUAUUGCCGGCGCGGCACUGUUCGUCAGUGCUACCCUUGUCUCGGUGCUUCUUUUGUCCUUCCAAAAGUCCAAGACUGGUCAGGAGAGUGGAAUUGUGAGCUUCUGCAAGUUUGCCUACGCUACCUUCCUCAAACCGCAUAAGCAGAACGGCGAGGGCCAGCAGGAGGCAUUGGAGAGCUUCUACAAGACUCAGGCCGCCGUCUACGAUGCGACUCGCAAGCGCCUUCUUCGUGGUCGGGAGGACAUGCUGGGGCUGUUGGCUGCUCAAUUGAAGUAUAAACAGGAUGCCAACAAACUCAAGCCUGGCGAGGCCGUCUGGGUUGAUAUUGGUGGUGGCACUGGUUACAAUAUCGAGGCCAUGGCCGCCUUUGUCCCCGUUCAAACCUUCUUCAAGCAUGUUUACCUGGUGGAUCUGUCCCCUUCCCUUUGUGACGUCGCUCGCAAGCGCUUCGAGCGGUUGGGAUGGAAGAACGUCAGUGUUGUCUGUCAGGAUGCCCGCGCUUUCCGUCUCCCUCAAGAUGAAAACGUUAGCCCUACGACUAAGGAGCCCCAAACCGGAGGCGCAGACAUUGUGACCAUGAGCUACAGUCUGUCCAUGAUCCCAGACUACUACAGCGUGGUCGACUCUCUCACCUCCUUAUUGAAGCCCGAAGGUGUCAUUGGUGCUUGCGAUUUCUACGUCCAAAGCAUUGUCGACGUAUCUUCCCGCAACUAUAUCGGCGGUGCCUUCAACCGCCACGUCAAUUGGCUCGCUCGUGUUUUCUGGCGUGCCUGGUUCGAUGUGGAUCGCGUGAGCCUGGAGGCUGCCCGCAGAGAUUACCUGGAAUACCGCUUCGGAACCGUCAUCUCGGCCAGCAACAGAAAUUACCUCCUCGGUGGCAUUCCUUACUACAUCUUCAUCGGCUGCCAGAAGGAAAUUGCCUCGGGCCCUUCGAGCCACGAGGCGAUCGAGGAGCUUGAUGCCUCGUUCACCGAAUCGCCCUACCUAUCUCCCGCCAACCACCUCCAGGAGAUGGACAAGGCCGUUGAGCAAAGCACGCGUGAGAUCCGGUCCAAGGCCUACGAGUCGGCAGUGAUCAACCUGGGCUCAAACCUUCCUCUCCCGUCCUCCUUCUACCAGAACCACCACCACCGCAUCUUCUACAAUGACCUCCUUCCCAAGCACACCCAGUUCAAGAACGAAUAUAUCUACGCCUUCAACUGGGAGGACCCUCGCGUAGACCACCGUCUGUUGAACAUUGGCAGUGACGAUGUCAUUCUCGCCAUCACCAGCGCUGGUGACAAUAUCCUGGAUUACCUGCAAAAGAGCCCCCGCCGAGUCCACGCCGUCGAUCUGAACCCGAACCAGAACCACCUGCUGGAACUGAAGGUUGCGAGCUUCAUGGCCCUUGGUCAUCGCGAUGUCUGGAAGAUCUUUGGUGACGGGAAACAUGCCGAAUUCCGUGAACUCUUGAUCAACAAACUGAGCCCUCACCUUUCGAGCCAAGCGUUCCAGUACUGGCUAGAGCAUUCUCAUGUCUUCACCUCAACCAAGGGCAGGGGUCUUUACGAGACCGGUGGUUCUCGUAUCGCAAUCAAGAUGGUCCGUCACUUGUUCCGACUCUUUGGCCUGGAGGCCGAGGUACAGAAACUCUGCGAGGCACAGACCCUCAAUGAACAGCGGGAGAUCUGGCCGCGCCUUCGCCGUGUACUCCUGAGCAAGCCUCUCAACUGGGCGAUCGUCAGCACUGAGUGGUUCGCCUGGAAGGCCGCCGGUGUGCCUCGCAACCAGCGGAACAUGAUUGUUGAUGACUACAUGAAGAGAAACGGCCUGACCGAGGCCAUGAAGAAGGCGGCCGAUGUGAGCGGGCAGUCCAUCUGGGAGUACGUGGUUGAUACGCUGGACCCUGUGAUCCAGGAUACUUUGAUCAGCCACGACAACUACUUCUACUACCUGUGUCUACGUGGACAGUUUUCGAGAAAAUGUCACCCGACCUACCUUUCGCCCAAGGCGCAUGUGAAGCUGUCCACGCCUGGUGCUUUUGACGGCCUUCGGAUUCACACUGAUGAGAUCAACGAGGUGAUUAACCGGAUCACUCCAGGAACUCUGACCAUUGCAGUCGUUAUGGACUCCAUGGACUGGUUCGAUCCCAAGGGAGACGAAGCCGCCCAACAAGCCAGGAGACUGAACCAUGCCCUGAAGAUGGGAGGCCGUGUCCUCCUGCGAACGGCCAGUAUUGAUCCGUGGUAUAUCAAACACUUCCAAGAUAACGGCUUCACACCGCGUCGUGUGGGUGCCAGAUUCCGUGGAACGUGUAUUGACCGGGUCAACAUGUAUGCUUCAGCCUGGAUCUUGACCAAGACGGCAGAGCUGGAACGGCCAUCGUCUGGAAGGACAAUAUCAUCCUUGUCGUUGAAUAACGGCAGCGAGAAACGGUCGAAUAGCGUGGAACACCUUGUAAUCUAA